AAGCUAAACGUGAACUACUGUUUAAACUACAAGACAAAAGUCUUUUAUUCAAUCUUAAAGGUAAUCUAACUACUUGCCUCUCUAAUCUUCCAUUUUCAUUUCCAGUGCACGUUGGACCGUCCAAUCUCCAGAAUUUUUACUUGUCUAUUAGAAAGCCUUUCUUAUGGAAUAUAAGCACACGAUACAAGGCAUUAGAAAGGAGUUUAACAAAGUGGCACUUACUCCAACAUCUAGUGCAAGUAAGCAGCUUUUUUGAUCGAAGCAAUGCCGAUGAGAACCCUGAUUUGAGGGUAAUACUAUAAGAGCAGGAGCAGUGAGUCUAAGGCAGGGAAAGAAUCAUAUUUAUAGGUAGUUAAAUGUUGUGUAGGGUACUAGGGUUUUCACUUUUCAACUCCAAGUCGACUUGCCUUCUUAGAGCAUAAAAUAAUAGGCAAUUCAUUUAAUUACGAUUUGAUCCGAUUCUUAGCUUGAUUUUAUGAUUUCGGUCUGGACCAAACCAAAAUCGAAAAUUAACCAAAUUCAGGAACAAAAUUCAAUCAAAAUAUAAACAGUUCGAUCUGAUUCGGCGUGAGAGUCGAUUCGGUCCGAUUUGAACCGAAUCGUUGCCCACCCCUAGCUUCGACAGCACGACAUGGGCACGCUCCAGGCCCAUUUUUUUUCGUGUUGUGCUUGGCACAGCCUGUCAGUUUUCGUGUCGUGUCUUGCAAGCCCAUUUGAGAACUUUGCUAGGCUUGUCCCAGGACCGGGCACGAUUCGAAUCGUGUCGUGCCUAUUCGUGCUCAUGUUGUGCCUGUAUUCCUAUUUAAUGAAAAGGAAGAAAAUAAAAGAGAAAAUGAAAAGGAAGGAGAAAAUUGGGCGAAAAAAGAUAAUAUUAACCGAAAAUGUUUUAGAAUUGGAAGUAUAGUCGUGUGAUUUGGCAUUGUUUAAUUCUUUGUCCGUUUUUACUUAUGGUAGCAAUUACGUAUAUAUAUUUAUGACACUUGUAUUUUGUAAUAUGUAAACCUAUAGUUUUUUAUAUUUAUUUUUUAUAAAAUAAAUAUUAUUUUGAUCAAAUAAAUAUUAUUUUCGUGCCAUGUCCGUUCUUAUACUCAAUAAAGUCUCGAAAAUAUUAGGCCCGACACGGCCCACUUAUAUAUUGUGUCGUGCCCGUGCUCGUGAAGUUUAGGCCCGACACAGCCCACUUAUAUAUCGUGCUCGUGCCCGUGCUCGUGUCCGUGCUCAUGAAGUUUAGCCCCUGCACGGCCCAUAAAUUAUUCGUGCUCGUGCCGGGCUGACCCAUAUAUUUCGUGCCCGUGCUCGUGCCGUGCUCCAACCGUGCCGUGCUAGCCCGUGGGCGGUCCGGCCGGGUUCCCACGUACAAGCUUGCUUGACCGGAAAAUGGAAAAGAAAAUAAACGACUUGAGAGCUUUUAUUUUAUGUGGGAUUGGGGUAUUUUUUUAAAAUGGGUGCAAUGCAUCCUAGACUUCAUUCAAAAUCAAGAGAGCAUUGAAGAGCUCAUGAAUGUCAUACCAUAAAAAUCAAUAGGCGCGAAAAUUGAAAUAUCAUAAAAUCCGAAGAUAAAACAUGUCCACGAUUUGCUAAAAAGUCAACACACUUUUCGCCUUCUUGUUAUAUGAACUAUCAAAACAUCAUAAUCUCAUGGAAGCAUCGAAUCACUGUUACGUGUUGAUGAUACUCACCAUCGCAACUAAAGAGUUGAACUACUCACUUGGAGCCCAAAUGAACUUAUAUGUACUUAUAGCCAACAUCCCAAGCCAACUAAAGCCCCUUUAUUGCAUCUCUCGAUUCUGCUCAGGUGAUGGAACAAAUCCUGAGGUUUAAAGCUACUGCCACCAAACAACGUCAUGUGUGAUCCCGAAUUAGGCCACCAGUAGAAGCAUGACAUGAUUCAAGAUGGAUGGAGUCGUCAUAAUUAAGAGUUACCCACUAAGGAGGCACCGACUGCUAAGAUAUCUGCGCCUCUUUCUAAUGGAUAUAUUAGGAACGUGGACUAGCCAAGUUUGUCAAAAUGGAUUAAUCCAUCAAGCCAGAUUUACAAGUGGUUUGAGGUUUAAUGGUAGGAUGGGGUUUAAUAAGUUCAAGUCAGUUAUAACAUAAUAUGAGCAAAAACUCUAAUACCAAAUAGAUUUUGUAUAUAUUUGACAUAUUUUUAAAUGAUCUCGCUAAUCUACAUUCAUGAGAAAUAUAUAUUACAAAAUCAUCAGACUUCAUUUGUAAACCGGAUUUUGUCCGUUCAGACCACCGGCUUAAUUGGUUUGACCCAAUUUUGAAUUUUUUUUAGAACUGUCCAAUCAAAGUGUGUUCCAACCAUUUAGAUGGCUGAUUCCGGUCAGACCUAGUUGAACCGAUCGAAUGGAUACAUGUUUGACAUCCUUGGGAUGAGGCUAUCCAUGUCAUGACACUUUUCACACGUGUACAUGUUGUAGAAAAUCUUCAUUUGAAACAAUAUUACCCUCAAAGACUCAAUCAUUUCUGCUCGCAUUAGGGACCAAUAACUAAUGUAUAACUUUAGGCUUGUGUUACGUUGUCAGAGAUGUUACAAAACUAAUCUCGUAAAUGUGAUUUGAAAAAGCUAUGGUAUUUAGAAGACUAAAUGAGUUGCAAACAAAUUAACCUAGAAAAAUGGUGACUCAAGCAGACCCCCUCCACCCCUAGAUGAUCCACCAGUCUUUCAUAAUUUUUGCCUCGUUAAAAUCUGCUGCAAUGGCGUAUACUGAAUUGAAUUAGAAUCGGUCAUCUUGUUAUUGACCUCAUGUUGGCAAGUCCUCACUAGAAUUUGUCUUCUGGGGGCUCGACACUUAGAACCUAGAAACUAUUAUUCAGUGAGAUGUUCUUAGAGAGCAUGAGCGUUCCACUCACUAUUGAUAGUUACAAACGGUGGUACAGGAGUUGAUGGAUCAACUGGUGGUUCAUCCUCUACUCGUGAUCUAAAGGAAAUCCCCACUAUCAACCCAUUGGUCUGCACAAGUUAUUCGUGCGCGAUCCUUGAUAUUCAAUCUCAUGUUGGUGGUCGUAAUAAGCCAGACCUAACGACUUUCCUUCCAAAUCAUUGGUGCAUUUCGACAUACCUUAAUCUCAUUUAGCUUAUCUUUUGCUACUAUUUUCUUUUUUGUUAAUCCAGAUAAACCCUCUGCACAUAGUAGAAAGAGAUAAGAUGAUAGGGGGUCACCUUGUCACAAUCCAUGUGUUGGUAUUAUUGUUUCCGGUGGAUGUCCAUUUACUAGGAUUGAGUACGAAACUGUGGUAACACAUUGCAUUACUAGUUUUACCCAUUAUGCACAAAACCCCAAUUUAAUCAUCAUUACCUCCAAAUAACCCCACUCGACCCGAUCAUAACCCUUAAAAAAACUAAGAUUUGUUGCAACGUAACCCUCAUGCCCCUCUUUAAUGUUUUUCACUGCAUAAAACACACUCGAAAGCCAUCAAUAUAUUGUUGUUGAUCCCCCGUACAAAUGCACUUUGUACCUCAGUAAUGAUUGGAUUGAGCGACUUUUUAAGCCUAUUAGCGAUGACCUUUGAUAGUAUCUUAUAUAUGACAUUGCAUUGGCUUGCAUGGGACUUUCAGGUUCUUUCUUCUUGGGAAUUAAUGCAAUAAGCGUAUGAUUCAUGUUUUGAGGCAUAUCUCCUCAUUCUAAUAUGUUGUGUAAUGCUCUGGUUAUUGCAGGACCCAAUGCAUUCCGGUUUCCUUGAAAGAAUAGUGAUGGAAGUCCAUCCGUCCCAAGUGUUUUGGUAGGUGUCAUGUAUUUCAAUGAUGUCCAGAUUUCUUCAUUUGUUAUAGGUGCCAUUAAUUGCUCAUUCAUUUCUCUUGUCACUUUAGGCUUCAGUGCCUAUGGAACAUGGUUUGUAUAUUCUUGUUGUCCCACGGUAUAGAGACUCCUAAGAUAUUGAACUAGACAUGUUAUAUCUUCUGUUUGUCCCCUUCCCAGCUGACCAUCAUCGUUUUGAAGUUCAAGAAUCAUGUUUCUACUUCUUCUAUUUGAGGCUUUCCUAUGGAAGAAUUUGGUGUUUCUAUCCCCUUCAUCCAACCAAUUUGUUCUAGUUUGUUGUUUCCACAUAAUCUAUCCAUGUAGUAAAAGUUCAUUGAGCUCCUCCUCGUCAUUUUAGGAUUACCGUUGUGUUCUUUCUCAUUUUUUUAUACUCUAUAAAGUGGCUUAUGUUUUCCUCCUUUUCCUUACAUCUCAACGUUUCCUUACUCUUACUUAGGAGGCCCGACUCAUAUUUUUUUUUAAUUCUUGAUUCUAUCUCAUUAUUGUGCUUGUAUUCCAUGCUUGUGCAAUGACCUUACUACAAUUAUCAUUGCACUGCUAAAACUCUUCAACUUUAAAGUGUUAUCCCCAUCUCAUUCCUACCUUCUGCAUCUUAAGGUGCAUUAGUAGCGAUUCAUUCACAUCUUUCGACACUCUUAUUCUCAUGAACGUUCUCCACACUCUUGAAUUCAGCUCGUCAAACCUAAUAAAUGUUCCAAAUCUCGCAUCCACAUUCUCUGCCAUCUCUUGGUGUUUGUAAGAUGUAGUAAUUUCCAUCACCCUCAUCCAUAUUUCCAUCCAAGAGAGAUCUUCUACUCUUGGGCGAUUAUUCAAGUUAGCCUCUCGAAAUAUCAAUAGAUCCCCCUCACAGUUCAAUGGUCCUCCAAACUUUACCUUGCUUCUAUCAUCUAGUUCCCUGAAUUGGAACACAUAUGUUUAAACCUAGAAUGUUCCACGCGGGAAGUGAUGCGAGUGAGGUCGAUGUCGAUGUUUGUGGUUGGGAUGCGCUCUCCUGGAUCCUACAAGAAAGGUUGCUUGAGACACCCUCCAAAGCCUAAGUUAGAGAGAGAAUAUGAAGAGUGACAUUUAGUAAGAAAUGAAGUAGUUGGUUACUGUCAAUGUUAUCUGGGGGGUAUUUAUACCCAGUCAGGUGAAGAUCAUGACAUUAAAUGCAGUGUCAGGCGGUCUGGGAAUGUCACAUCUCAUAGGGAAUGCCUUUGUGGGCAUUUAAUGCUAUUUCAGGCUAACCUCGAGGUGCAUAUCUUCGAGGAUUCUCGUACUUUGAUGAUGACUUUACAAUUGUUUGAUCUUUGUGUCAGGAGGUCUAUGACUUGUCUCAUAUGUAGGUGGAGCGUAUCCGACCGCAGUAGAUGCAAAGUCAGAGUAUCUCGAGAUCGUCCAAAGGCAAUUCUCUUGAAUCCUCAUGGGCCUGCCUAGCUCAUGUGCUUCUCACUAUCAUGGGCCUUUAAGCUUAUGCGGCUCAACACAUGGCGCAACAACAUAUAACUUCUCUCCAAUGUUCGUUAUUUGUCUCAAGCUCCAAGCCUUUGUUAACGCCAUUUGCAUUGAUCGCAUAUUAGGGUUGCUCGUGGACCCUAGUCGUCCAACUAACCCUAGCUCUUGUACUGCUUCAUCCAAUCCCAUAAUCUUAUAAGUUUCCGCUAUAACAACUCAUCGUCUUCUUCUUCUAUUUAUAAAUCUGCAUAUGAAGUUAUAUUUCUUCUGCAGAUGAAUUUCUAUUUCAAACCCUCCUUCAAUAUCUGCCAUGAUAUGUGCUCACAAGGAUAGCAGCACACCCUAUCUCACUUGUCGGACGCAGAAGGCAGACAAACAACACAAUACGAGACCCUUCAGAUGUGUAUCCAGAGUUAACACUGAAACCCUAAUUGUCGCUCGAACUCUCUUGAAGUUUGAGAGAGAGAAAAAUCUACCAACUCACCUACUCCUAAAGAAUUCAAAAUGAAACAAAACCAGCCCUUAAACCUCGUUGACACUUAUCAUUUCAACAAUCUACCAAAAAUCGAACCAUCUAAUCUUAUCCCAAUUAGUCAAGGUGCGCAUGAAUUUUAGCUAGAAUAAGACUACUAGUCGAUAAGUCAUUAUCCAUCUCUUCUCACCUUUCUCUAUUUUUAACCAUCUCCACUUUAAACUGCUCGCUACGCUAAGACUCACCGGUCACCGCCGCCGUGCGCUCUCGUACUUCCAGGUGUCCUCGUCCACCGUUCACAAUCCAAUUAUUUCUCACCGCAUCUUGCUGAACUCCUUUUCUUCUUCUUUUCGCCUUCGCCUUCGCCGCCUCUUCAAUUGCUACUUGCUACCUGUAUUUGCAAAUGACCGCGGCUGCAUAACCGUGUGCAUUCACGCCUCCGCCGAGCAUCUCUACUCUCCGACCAAAAUCAAGUUCCACCGCUUGCACAGUUGCACAAGGUACGCAUGUUCGCUGAUAGAAUUCGCUUUCGGGUACGAAAAUUCACUUUCCGACGGUCUCUCAUAUUCCAAUGACGGAAAGGGCCCGGGCAGCUGCCGUCGCCGCUUCACAAUACCAGCGCUGUCUCAAGAGAUCUGAUGAACCGAGUGACAGGAUCAGUGAACUGCACGAUGAAAUCCUCUGUCAUAUACUGUCUUUCCUGACACUUAAACAGGCAGCCGCCACUAGCGUCCUUUCUAGUCGCUGGAGAUACUUGUGGCAUCCAUACAUUGCAUCGACUUUAAUGCUGCAGCCACCCAUGAGAGAAGAGCUAGAUUUCCAUAGCUGCCUACUGGGAUUGGGUCCGCAACAUAUAGCAGAUGGUGCUAAGGAGAACUAGAGUUCCAAAACUCGGGACAAAUUCAAUAACUCUCUUUACUUGACUAUAGAGUAUAAGGAUGGUGUCGACCCCUGGGCUCUUUGCAUUUCUCUGGGUGGUUGGUUCAAAAGCAGGAACUGUAAUUUCAAUAAGGCUUUUGGACGAUGCAAGAGCCUUCCAAGUGAGUUCUCUAUACUUUCCCAGUUCAACUUCUGGAUUGAACCACUAUGGUUCUAUUUGGUCCUCGACAAUAGAGAUUGUGUAAGUAAUUAGGAGAAAUGAUUGAGCAGCUAUUGUUAGUUGUUACUGUGUAUGGUCCUUAAGUCACCAGCAUUAGGUGACAUGGGGCAUCUUUUGUAUUUUAAAGGUGCUGGUCGUUCAUCAAGCUUUACAAGUUGGAUGCUUUUUGUUGGUCUGAGUUGGAAAGAGUCUAGAUAUAUUUUUCCUAUGUAACAUUUCUCUACUUGUCCGACCUAUCUGCCUUACCAAGCAAAGAAGUGGUAACCUGGAUGAGUGUUCAUUUUCCUUCAUUCUCUAUCUGGGGAGCUACUCAUAAUAGCUCUAUAUGCUUCUGAAGCCCUAAGGCUAGUAGGUUAAUUCGUGCUUUCCUAAUGCCUUCUGAUGGAUUCAAGACAGGGUACAUUAUGCCAGCAAUAAGAAGAGCUUAGAUUGAUUGCUAGAUUAACCAAUUUCAUGGAAGUGGUAGUAGCUUUGUUACAUAUUUGAUAUGGUUAGUGUUCUUCAUUUGCUCCUGAGAUUUUGAAGAAGUAGCACAUGGUACAUUUUUAAGCAUAAAUUCCCAUCUUAUGGGUUCAUUUGAUGAUAGACUUGCUCUCCAGGAAGCGGUUUUGGCUAUAGUUAAGCGAUAAGGAUGAGUUCUUGACAUAACCAGAUCUUUUUUCUUCGUGGUUGCAGGCAUUGUUUUUCUUCCUCACCAAGAAGCAGAAGUGAAAUUGUGUAGCUUUAAGAGAACUGUCCCGCCGGCAGGCCUUGGCACUUGUAAGUGUUGGACCUUGAUGGGGAGCACUGUGGUUGUGAGUCGUGGCAUUGAGUUCAUGCAGCAGCAUUCCUAGGGAUGACUUGUUAUGGUUCCAACCUUACCAAGCCGGUUAUCCAAUGAUAAAUUAAAAAAACGGCUAGUGGUUGACAAUCUUCCCUUGCUGAGCAGAAGCUGAUAGGAAAAUAGUAUCUUCAUUCCUCAAGUUAAGUUAAGCUGGUGAUUCUAUGAUUCAAAACCAAUCCGCUCCCUGGGUUGCUGUUGUGCGGGUUGUUGUUCGCUCCAAGCAGACUAUCACCUUUUCUGAUCUUCAUUCGACUCAUGUAUUUCCUUUAGCGCUUUGCUCCUCCUCCUGGUAAUCGAGUUGUCCAUUUACUAUGACGACGUGCCUCCUAGUUGUCUAUCUUAAGGUCAUCUUCUUUCGAUUUUUGUUAUGUAAGUUCAUCUUAUGGGGAAAAUAAGACUCUACAUCACUGUUUGUGUGUUUCCAUUUCAAAAUUUCACUGUAUUUAAGCUCGAUAACAGUUAUCUGUGAUGCUAGUUAUAAAUUCUUAAAUCCGCA